AUGACGUUAAAUAUGGUAAUGCUACUCGUGUCUCUCAUGACCAGCAGCCUCUUGCUCUUUAUACUUUCGCGUCUCAGUAUCACGACAUUCAAUUUCUCUUUUCUCUCCCUCACGUUUUUUUCAUUAUUACCGAUGUUCGUAUCCAUUGAUAUUGUUACCAGCAAUUGGGGGUGGGGGUUGUUUACGCAAGCGUGGAAAUCAAUCAUUCGAAAUUCUGAUUCUCAACCGACAACCGACAAAAUCAUUUCUGAUGACGCGCUUGUCGUCCUUCGAAAUGAAUUUCUUGAGACAAUUAAUGGGCGUUAUUUACAUGCCAUCAAGACAUCACGUAAGACUCGUCGAUUGGAUCAAAAGACUCAUCGACCAGAAAUUCUAUCGUCCAGUACAAGUGGUAGUUCAUUAUAUGAACAAGUUCAUGGAACUUUACAAGAUCAUGCUUUUAAUCGAACUGCACCCGUGUAUUUUGUAGAUUUAGUCACGGGUUCCUUCUUACGAGCAACACAACAUCGAAAAUUAGUUCUUACAAGUGAACCCAAUACGUUGUGUCUCUUUCAUUUAGAACGAGGAAAGACAUAUCACUGGGGAUUUCGAUCUGUAGUCACACAGAGAUAUAUUGGCCAGAAUUUGGUUCAGAGAAUGGUGGUUGCUAGUAAAAAAUUGCAUGCGUGGGAAUCAUUUCGAGUGCUGCAACGACCACAAGAUAAAGGAAAUGGAGCAUGUAGUCCUCAAGUGUAUCUCAUUUUAGGUGCAUCACGGUUUGGCAAAGGCAUGUGGCUAGCCAACAAAUUUGGAUCCAGAAGCUUUGCACAUCCAGUAGUGCCAACGAACAGAAACAAUAAUCUAAAUCAGGAAACUGAAGAAGAAUCGGAAACGGAACAUGAUCGCAGAAAUCGGAAAGCAUCUCGACAGCGCUCGCUAUUCUUAUCGAAGCAAUUUGAUCAAGCAAUCGGGUUCGUGUAUAGCUCAGAUUUAUCGGCAUUGAUGGCAGCUGCAGCAGAGGCUAAGUUGCAAAGGGAAUCUUCAUCGGCUUCACGUGCUUUUGCUAGAGCUCAGACAGCACCUUCUGUGAUUGAAGGUGCCGUCCAAGCCAAAGGCACUAGGUUUCAGGCCCCAUUGCUUGCGAGGUGGAAUCUUUGCGAUGUACGACUGCCGUGGCUUGAAGCUGUCGCCGAUACAUACUCGAAUUCUGAUCAGAUCCCUUCGUUCUUGGAAAUACCAGAAGGAGAGAUGAUAGAGUUAACGACGACGACUAUACCUGGUCUAAAUGUGAAUACAUUCCUCGAAAUGGUAGCUCCUCGCGCUACACGACUUAAGUGCAAGGUUGGUCGGUCACUGCUGGCUCAAUCUGCACCGGCCGGAAUCUCUGCAACCGCUGCAUCAAAAAGAAGAUCGAGCAGCGAAAAAAGACGUAGUGCUGACCUUCUACUCGACUGGCAUUCUCACCCACACUUCGGACUGGUACGCGCACUCAGCUAUCGCUCAGAUGCUGGUGCUUUAUCCAGCCAACUUGACAGCGAUACGAGAGCUGCAAAAAGUGCGGCAUCCAAAAACAUGAAGGCAGUAACUAUUGAGCAGUAUCACUCUUGCAUGGUUGAUGAUGGCUUGUUGGAUGACGGUGCUAUAAAUGAGUUACACACACCGGACAAGGCUGUGCUUCGAUCUAAAAUUUACACACUCAGUAUUCCCUAUAGCAACUGUUUUUCAAUUGAGGUGCUGGUGGACGUCGAGGAUGUUCCGGUCUAUCAGGAUGAUGCGGUGAACGAUGCGACUUCGACUGCUUUCUUCGACAAAAGAAUCGACAAAUGCAACUCGGCCUUAAAAAUCAGGUGGCGUGCAGGCGUGAUCUUCUCGCGGAACACAAUGUUUAAGGCGCAAAUCGAACGUGGAGCUUUGGAUGGGGUUCGUUGUGGUUGUGCAUCGAUAUUGAAACUACUUAGAGACAAAGAUACGAGACAACACUUUGCAACACCGGUUGUGCGACGUGGGUCUGUUGUAGACACUGAGUGCCCCUUUAGCGCUCCGAAUACCGACAUCGCUGCCGCAUUGGCAGCGAAUGAUACGCUUGAGUCAUCGUCCAGUCGAGGUCCGCAAAAAAAGUUGCGCGUAAAGCCGGAUCUGGCAUUCUUGCCGCGAGCUCUUGCACUUGAAAUCGGGAAAGGACUCAUGUCUGCUAUUACUGAUACAAGUUUGCUCUCCAACAAUCUCAGUACCUUGCCCACUCAGCUUCCGUGGAGGCCAUAUAGCGGCGGGCAAUUGUCGACACUUGGUUUUGUACCUCCGCACAAUGUGAUAACUACAACUGCCACUCCUUUUUUCGAAAGCGUACCGGAAGGAUUCGUGCAAGUGCUGGAAGAAAACAUGGGUAGCAAGGUUACAGCAUCGCUGUUUUUCGAAGCAUUACUCUCAAACGCUUGUUCAUUCUUCCGUCCUGCUCAAGCUGAUGGUGGCAAUAUGGAGGUAGACAUUAGCGCAUGGCAUGCCAUAUUAUCGCCUAGACAGUCUCGUAAUCGAACGAAAGGAUACAUUCGCAAACAGGUAUUUCGAAUGCUUCUUAGUGGAAUUCCUGGAGUUCAAGUUGCUGAUGUUGAGGAUUACCAGUACUAUGCGCUGGUAAAGGCUCGAACCCAAGACUCGUUAACGUCCACUUCCGACCACGGAACUGAUAGCAACCAGGGUGACAAACAAGGAAGUUUCGUACAAAAUACCAGCGGAUCUCAAAUGUCGAUGGGUCGGGAUCAAAUGCGUCCACCAUCUGGCUUGACCAAGGAUGCGAAAGCUCUUGAAAUGAAGCCUCGUCGUAUAAAAUCCCAACGCCUUGAAUUUGGUAUGAAGCUUUUUGUGCCAGCAUUGCCUGAGGGGUCCAACUAUUCGAUUGAAGUCUUGGCAAUUGUAGAACCCGCAGAUGAUUACUCAUCCGACAACCUCCUUCGCGUAUUCUUUGCAUCGCCCGUGCGGCAUCAACAGUCCGAAACGCGUGGAAAUGCUCUUGUUAAUCCACAUGUGGUUGCUGGUGUAUUGCGCGGACUAAAGCAGAUUUGGAAGCGUGUAGCGCAGACGAUGGUCGAAAUCUGCGAGGUCAACAACGACGACGUUGUGCCAUUUAAUCAACGUCAACACACCACACUUGAAGGACUGAACGAGCAAGAAAUGUACCUGCUGCAACGAUCACGAAUGAAUUCAAAUUUGCCGACUCACGAUGAAUUGGCUUCGAAACUGAUUGAAGCUAUUGCAGCAAUGUACGGAUGA